AGGGUGGAGUCCACCGCCGCUGCUCCGGGAACUUUUGACGCACUACAUACUUGGCGCUGUCUGCUGCACUCCUCGCACCGCCGCGCCGAGCCGCACUCCUCCUCCUCCUGGUCUUUUGUUUGGGAACUUGUUUUUAUCCGAAUCUUUCUCGGGAAGUGCCCCGCGUUGGGAAGAUGACGGCUUUGGAUCCGCUGCAUUCCGCGUUGUCGAUCAGGGGUCGGGACGACACGUCACUCGCGGUGCCCUCCGACAGCAAGCUGCGCACCGGACCGCAGCGCGUGCUGGAGCAAGUGCACACCAUCAAGAGGAGCAAGAGCAAACCCGGGAAGGACGGCUCACUGUCGACCUCCGAAAUAAGCCUGCCUCAAACAUUUGAGUUUGGAGCUUUCAAGUUUUCUCCAACCAAAGCCAAUGGCACCUUCAGCCGCAUCAACUCCAGUCUGUCAACCAGCUACACCAAAGUGGUAAAUACUCAGAAGAGUCGCACUCUGUCCGCUAAAACCAUGGGAGGAAGACAGUUCAGCACCUCAGGCACCUGGGAGCAGCAAACCAACGGCUUCAACUGGCCACAGACUGCCAAUGGGAUGAAAUCUGCUCGCAGUGACCCUGCUUUGGCUCCUUCAUUUUCUGCUGCACCCGCUAUGAGAGCGAAAGGGCAGGUGGUCCAGAACCAGAGCACCGUCCAGAGUCGAGCAAAUAGACAUAGCACCUACUCUAUGACCAACAGCACUCAGUUGACCAACAGCCAGACACGCAUCAUCCAGCCGCCCUCUGCCAAGAUUCACACUGAGGGCAGGAUGGGCACCAUCAAGACCUCCAAGAUAGAGCAGCAGUCUGCGAUCAACAGUGUCGAGAACAUGUCAGACAUGACACUAAAGCAGGCGGUAGAGUUCCUGACUCACCCUGAUGAGAAUUACCAGCAGUGUGGAGCCAACUUCAUCCACCACACCACCUUCAAAGAGGAGGGCACCAAACAGGAGGUUUUCCAACUAGGAGGUAUCCCCGCUCUUGUGGCCCUGCUGCGGAGCCCCAACCCCGGGGUGAACCAGGCCACUGCUGGAGCUCUGAGGAACCUGGUGUUCAAAGACCAGGACAACAAGCUGGAGGUCCAGCACUGUGGCGGCAUAGCGAAGUCCCUGCAGCUACUAAAGGAGACCGAUUCUACUGAGACCCAGAAACAAAUUACUGGCCUGCUGUGGAACCUGUCCUCUUCUGAUGCGCUGAAGAAGGAACUUAUAGCCACUGCUUUGCCUGCCCUGACUGAGAAUGUGGUGGUGCCAUUUACCUGCUGGUCAGACAACUGUGCCAAGAACAACGUACAUCCUGAUGUCUUCUACAGCGCCACAGGGUGCCUGAGGAACCUGAGCUGCUCCAAAGAGAAGGAGCGGACGGCAAUGAGAGAGUGCAAUGGCCUCAUUGACUCCCUCAUGAGUUACAUCCAGUCCUGUGUGGCGGAGGAAAACCCCGAUGACAAGUCUGUGGAGAACUGUGCAUGCAUCCUCCAUAACUUGACCUACCAACUGGAGGAAGAGUCUCCUGAAUGCUUCAGAAAGUACCAACCUGCGACAGAAAACCAACCUGGGGGUAGGACAAGCCCCACAAUCGGAUGCUUCAGCCCCAAGAGCAGCAAGGCUAAAAAAGAGUUUUCAUUUGACGCCGUUCGGGGAACGCCGGAGGAUGCCCCCCCAUCAGGUGUGAAGUGGUUGUGCCAUCCCAAAGCUAUGCAGACAUACCUGUCUCUGCUGGCCUCGUCCAAGAAAGGUGCCACCCUGGAAGCCUGCUGUGGUGCCCUGCAGAACCUCACUGCCAACAAGGGAAUGGGGUCCAGUGCCAUGAGUGAGAUUAUGGUUCAAAAGCUGGGGGCUCUGCUGCACAUAGUCCCUCUUUUAAAGUCUCCUGACCAGAGCCUGCAGAAGACUGCCAUGUCCCUGCUGGGUAACAUGUCUCGGACCAGCAGUUUGCAGACCUCCAUGGCAAAGCAGAUCCUGCCUGAGCUCACCAGCCUCCUCUCCGCCGGCCCCCGAGAGAUGGGAAACUCUGACGAAACUAUAGCGACAGCUUGCAAGACAGUCAGGAAUAUAAUGUUGGCGGACACCGUGGUCAGCAAGAAGCUCAUCAAUAAGGAACUGGUGUCAUCAGUGGCUGACCUCAGCGAGAACAACUCUUUCCCCAAAGCCAGCAAAGCAGCUUCCCGGCUGCUCUACAGCUUAUGGAAUGAGAAGAAUUUUCAAGGCGUUGUGAAAAAGCUGGGGAUGGGAAAAUCAGUUUUUGUGAACGACAUCACCACAGCGGUCCACAAGUCGAUGCAAAUUGAGUGAGUGCGCUUGAAGAGGGGAGCGGCACCACAAUAUGUGAAAGGUAUAAUUUUGUUAUGUUCGUUUGUGUCUAGAUAUGUUCAGAUUUAAAGGCUCAUUUGGACCAAAACAUCGUUGUGUUUCUCUCUUCCUGCACGUUCUCACGUGUACAUUCAGAUGAAAGCCAGCAUGUUAAGACACUGCUGUGGCCACACCCUUUCAACGAGAAGAGUACAACGUUUUCUUCACAUAAUGACUUUGUUGAAAGAGCAUAUCAAUUAAGAGUGAAUCAUACAUUGUACAUACUUUAGUGAAAAGAGAGCUUUUAAUUUCAUGAGUAAUCCUGCAGCGUUUUAUGUAUUUAAUUUGGAUAUGUUUCUGUCUGUGUUAUAAAGGGGUGAGUGUGUUUUUGCUAAAUGACGUGAGCUGAAACUCAGUUCUUUUGGCCCGAGAGCUACAAUACACCAGAAAUGGUAUCUGCAGUGAAAGUUACUGAAGGCAUGCAGUGACUUUUUAGAUCAGUGAAUGGCAUUGUCAAAGGUGUCUGCAGUGGCGAAAAGAUAACAUAUCAGUUGUGGCCUUGAAGUCUGAGCAGCCACAAUUAAAGUAAUAAGAAACAUAUUUGAAAAGCUAAAAACAAAAGAUAUUGUGUAUUUGUGAUACUGUCUCUUCUGGAUGAAAACUUGUUCAUCCAGUUUGAACUUUGUUCUGUUAUCUGUUUCAUUCUGGGAUUCAGAGUUUAGUUUUAUAAAAAUAAAAGAACAAACAGCUUCUCACACAAGUGCCUAAAUAGUUAAAGGAAUAGUUUCGACAUUUUGGGAAACAGGCCUGUUGACUGUCAUGUCUGCACAUUGAAUGUGUUUUAUAAAUGGAAGGUGCAACCAGCAGCCAGUUAGCUUUGCUUAGCCUGGCUUUGUCCAAAGGUACAUAAUCCACCUCCUGCACCUCUAGGGCUCAACACAUAACACAUAGUAUCGUGUGUGUCUCAUCCUGUAAGUGUUAAAACAACACGUUGGGAUGUUACAGGUUUUAUGGACCCUGUAAAACCACAAUGUGUUCUUUCUGCACACUUGUUUUUGUGUGCUUUGUACAAACAAGAGGUAAAGGUGUUCAGAAGUGGGGAUAUGUUACCCUUGCAAAGAGCUGGAGAAGCUGUUUCCCUGUUUCUAGGCUUCAUGCUAAGCUAACAACCAGCUGCUGGUGGAGCUUCAUAUUCAUCAGAUAUGAAAUCAAUCUGGUCAUCUCACUCUCACUGAGAAAGUGCAUAUGGAUGUUUCCCAAAAUACUAAACUAUUCCUUGACAAUGCAGUACUAAAAGUCUUGGUGAUAUUCUGUUGCUUUGUCAUAAAGUGUCCUAUUGAAAUGUACACACUGUCGGCGUUGUUUGUUUUUUAUUGUUUGUUUUUUCGUCAUUGUUUGUUUUUGUGUAUAAGCUGAGGAAUUGGAAAAAGAGAAGUAUUGGAAUAUUGUACACAACAUGUAACACCAGCUAUGACCAUUCAUGUUGACUUGAGGAAUUUGUAGCAAAUUUAAACAGUCUGUCAUCCCCCUGGAAACCAUUUUUAAUGUCUGAUUUAAAUGUAUCCACCGUUGAAAUGUAUUUUUUGCUUCUUUACCGUUGCAGUUUUAAAAUCGGAUUACAGGGUAUAUGCUCUCAUAACCAAACUACAGUCUUAUUUCCUAAAAACUAGUUUUAAAACCUCUCAAAACUCCAAUGUAUUUUGAAGACAGCAUUACAAAUCACGAAAGCAAAGACAUGAGAUGGUUGGAACCCUUGGGGUUUCACGGGUUCCAACAUAGUUAGACGUAUAGUCAUCCUGUACAUAUCAGACUCGGGCUCAUGUGCCUCGGGGAAGGUAGAAGUCAGUAUUGAUUGAAAUGUAUUUUUGGAAAUGUCUGUGGCAUAUAAUAAGGAGCUUUCUCUGUCACUCAGUCUUCAAAUAAUAAAUAACAGAUAUGAAGACAGCAUUGUAAGUGGUGGUUUUUUCUUCAAUAAACAAUGCAAUUGGAUGUGCUAACAAAAGGUUCUUACGAUGUGCAUGUAUUCAGUAUCUCUGUUCAUCAUCUCUUGGAAAUCUCUUGAAGUAAUUACGCUCCAAGUUUUCGUUCCAGCUGGGUUUUUGUGGUGUGUGCAUGCCGCUCUCUCACUGAGAAAACAACUAUGCCGACAAAAAAGAUGAGCCUUUCAGCUCCAAUUACUAACCUGGAUGUUGUUAAUAUUAAUCUGAUUUAUUGAAGGGACCGUAAUGUCUAGGUUCCGGCAAAGCAUCAGAAGAGACGGCACUUUGCCUGUGAGGAGACAGAGAUAUUGUGUCUGCAGCUCAAGGGCAGCUACACGCCUGACCGUAUUCAACAUUCACACUUGUUAUCAGUAUUUACACAUACCAAGAGGGGCGCACGGCCAACAGACAGCCCCCACCCGGGGGUACGAGGGAUGGGAUAUGCACCUGUGACGAGAUCUGGGUAUAAAAGAUGGAAUCUUGAUGUGCUAAAAAAGGUGUGGUUUUCGGGCUUCAACUUGCAUGUUGAGGAGAGCUCCCCGUGGUUUGUACUUUGCUUUUGAUCAGUGAAUAAAUGUCUCCCUAAUGGAGAGAACUACA